AUGUUCUUCGAAGUAGCCAGCGUCUCUGCGAUCUCCUUGGCAGCCUCCAGCUUCCUGAUCUCCAGCAUACCCGUGCCGUGUGUUUGGAUUGCGCGGGAGAUGAGCGAGCUUCUCCUGCUCGCUCUUUUGUACGAUGAACUUGACGCGCUCAGACUCCUGCUGAGCCACCUGCUUCUGCUCGAUGGCCUUGCUGAAGUCCUUGCCGUAGCUAAGGUUAUCCGUUAUGGGCCUGUACAGCAGCCUGAGGCUGAUGGAGACCAUUUGCAGGUCCCUGGUGCCGGUGGUCGUGUUGAUGACCUUCGGCUUGGUCCUGAUGUCGUAGAUGUGCGGCAUCUGGAACCACGGCAGGUAGAAGUGGCUGCCUUCCCCGAGGGUAUUGUUGCUCACACCGCCUGCAAAGCGGUUGAACAUCACGGCGCGCUGGCCGCCGUCCACGUCGACCAGACACGUGCUGGGCACGAUGGCGACCGAUCCCGUGAGGAUGGACAGCUUUGCUAA